CGGCAGAAUAAUGGCAUCUUCUGGGGCUCAAACUGGACCCGUGGCACCCGCACUGCAGAGGGGGAUCGUCAAGAUGGUGCUCUCAGGAUGUGCUAUAAUUGUACGGGGCCAACCACGUGGAGGGCCACCUCCAGAGAGGCAGAUCAAUCUCAGUAAUAUCCGUACAGGAGCUCUUGCCCGCCGGGCUGCUGCAUCUCAGCAAGAUGCAAAGGACACCCCCGAUGAGCCUUGGGCUUUUCCUGCCCGGGAGUUCCUGAGGAAAAAGCUGAUUGGAAAAGAGGUUUGCUUUACUGUGGAUUUCAAGUCUUCUCAGGGGAGAGAAUAUGGCAUGGUUUACCUGGGAAAAGAUACCAGUGGAGAGAACAUUGCUGAGUCACUUGUUGCGGAAGGACUGGCCUCACGACGUGAAGGAGUGCGUGCAAACACUCCUGAACAAAGCCGUCUGGCAGAAGUUGAAGAGCAAGCAAGAUCAGCAAAGAAGGGAGUUUGGAGUGAAGGUACAGGAUCUCAAACUGUACGGGACCUCAAAUACACAAUAGAAAAUCCAAGACAUUUUGUGGAUUCCAUGCACCAGAAGCCUGUUAAUGCCAUAAUUGAGCAUGUGAGAGAUGGCAGCGUGGUUCGAGCUCUGCUGCUUCCUGAUUGCUAUCUUGUAACAGUCAUGCUGUCUGGAAUAAAGUGCCCAACCUUCAAACGGGAAGCAGAUGGAACAGAGACUCCAGAGCCCUUUGCAGCAGAAGCAAAGUUUUUCACUGAGUCCCGAUUGCUUCAGAGAGAUGUGCAAAUAAUCUUGGAGAGCUGCCACAACCAAAAUAUCUUGGGCACCAUCCUACACCCUAAUGGAAACAUCACAGAACUUCUGCUGAAGGAAGGUUUUGCCCGUUGUGUUGACUGGUGUAUAGCUGUGUAUACCCAAGGAUCUGAGAAGCUGCGGGCUGCUGAACGCUUUGCCAAGGAGCACAAGACACGAAUUUGGAGAGAUUAUGUUGCACCCACAGCUAAUCUCGAUCAGAAGGACAAGCAGUUUGUUGCAAAGGUGGUACAGAUUCUAAAUGCGGAUGCCAUGGUGGUGAAGCUGAAUUCAGGAGACUACAAAACCAUUCAUCUCUCCAGUAUCAGACCACCAAGGCUUGAAGGAGAAGGAGCACAGGAUAAGAACAAGAAGCUUCGUCCUCUUUAUGACAUCCCAUACAUGUUUGAGGCAAGGGAGUUUCUCCGGAAGAAGCUUAUUGGGAAAAAGGUUAAUGUAAACGUAGAUUAUAUCCGAUCAGCAAGUGCAGCAACUGAAACAGUUCCAGCAUUUCCUGAGCGCACAUGUGCCACAGUGACCAUUGGAGGAAUAAACAUUGCAGAAGCUCUUGUAAGCAAAGGCCUUGCCACCGUGAUCCGUUACAGACAGGAUGAUGACCAGAGAUCCUCUCAUUAUGAUGAAUUGCUAGCAGCAGAAGCCCGAGCUAUCAAGAAUGCCAAAGGCCUACACAGUAAAAAGGAGGUUCCCAUCCACAGAGUGGCAGACAUUUCUGGGGACACUCAAAAGGCAAAACAGUUCCUGCCUUUCCUGCAGAGAGCUGGUCGCUCUGAAGCAGUUGUAGAGUAUGUUUUCAGUGGGUCCAGACUCAAGCUUUAUAUGCCAAAGGAAACCUGCCUUAUCACCUUCCUCCUGGCUGGCAUUGAGUGCCCACGAGGUUCAAGGAACAUGCCUAGUGGAGUACAAGAAGGUGAGCCAUUCAGUGAAGAGGCAACACUAUUCACCAAGGAGUUGGUGCUUCAGAGAGAGGUGGAAGUAGAAGUGGAAGCAAUGGAUAAAGCUGGGAACUUUAUUGGAUGGCUUCAUGUUGAUGGCGUCAAUAUCUCUGUCGCUCUGGUAGAACAUGCACUGUCUAAGGUCCACUUCACAGCAGAGCGCAGUAACUACUAUAAGACACUCUUGGCAGCAGAAGAGGGACCCAAACAGAGAAAGGAAAAGGUCUGGUCCAAGUUUGAGGAGCAACCAGUGGAAGAAGUAGUGACUGUAGUGGAAGAGAAAGAAAGAAACGCUAAUUACAAGCCUGUUCUUGUGACCGAGAUCACAGAUGAAUUGCACUUCUACAUCCAGGAUGUUGAGACUGGGACACAACUAGAAAAGCUGAUGGAAAGCAUGAGAAGUGAAAUUGCCAGCAACCCCCCACUUGAAGGAUCUUUCUCACCACGCCGGGGAGAUUACUGCAUUGCCAAAUAUAUGGAUGGGGAAUGGUAUCGAGCACGGGUAGAGAAGGUGGAAUCUGUUGCCAAAGUCCAUGUUUUCUAUAUUGAUUAUGGGAAUAGAGAAGUUCUGCCUUCCACCCGGCUGGGUCCUCUCCCACAGUCUUUCAGUACACGCACCCUUCCAGCACAGGCUAUAGAGUAUUGCUUUGCUUUCAUCCAAGUGCCCGCUGAUGAAGAUGCUCGGGCUGAUGUGGUGGACAACGUUGUUCGUGACAUUCAGAAUACACAGUGCUUGCUGAAUGUGGAGCACAGUGGAGCUGGUUGCCCACAUGUUACGCUGCAGUUUGCAGACUCCAAGGAAGAUGUGGGCUUAGGCUUGGUGAAAGAAGGUCUUGUGAUGGUGGAAGUUCGCAAGGAAAAGCAGUUUCAGAAAGUGAUUGCGGAAUACGUGUCUGCUCAAGAGUCUGCCAAGGCUGCUCGGUUGAAUCUGUGGCGUUACGGAGAUUUCCGAGCAGAUGAUGCGGAUGAAUUUGGCUAUAGCCGUUAAGGGACGCCAUUCCAAAGAUGAGACCCAGCCAUCUUACGCAGCCAUUUUGCUCUUGUUGCCUGCAGACCCUCCUUAACCUACCCCUGUCCUGCCUGAGCAUAAAAGGUAGGCAUGGGGAGGUUUUUAUGGAACUCGCAGUUGACACCCUGCAGGCUGCACACAGGGGGUAAUCCUGGACAAUAUAAAUACAACUAUUUUAACAUUUACGUCUUUCCCACUUCCAUCUGUCUGCACCCAGAAAAAAAUGUAUUCUACAAUUCUAAAGGCAGAAGCAUACCUAUGGGCUGAAAGUAGUUUUGUAUGAGUUACGUGUGAUUCAGUCCUGCGUCCUGAAAUUGUCCUUUUAACGGUUACUUGUAAUGAUUUUAUCUGUCUUAUUAUUAUCAAAUAUCAUCUGGAAUUUUCCUCCCUUUUGUCCAGGGUCAUAUGUUUUUGUCUUGUGUAUUUAAUGGCUCAAUAAAGUACAGCGUUCUGAUUCCA